UCCACGGAGGGGCGGUGUUAUUGUUUAACGUACAAUACGAGAAAUAAGAGCCCCGCCUUCGCGGUACGCUGUUUUGUAAAGCAAACGCAACAUGUCAGCGACUCGGUGACCGUUAUGACGUAACGAAUACGAUGGCUGAUGUUGUGGUUGUUGUGUUUAACUCAUUGACUGUUACUUAACCUAGCAUCUUUAAUCAACAACGUAGUGUGGUUUAACGACGCCGGUACAUCUAUGAAGCCAUUAGACUCAGAUGAAGAGGAGUCAGAGCAGCUCGGCGCGAAGCAAAAGGAGCUGAGACAGCGGGCCGUGAAGAGCAUGCAGCAGCUGAGUAACGUUUUGGAGCAGCUGCACCAGGACGGAGAGGAGACGGAGGAGGUCAGAGGCAGCGAUGGCAACCGCUUCACGGCCGCAGCUGAAGAGGCCACAUGGAGCCCGAAGACGCAGAGUGAAGCAGUCAAUCAGCUGAAGAGCCUUCUGCUGAAGCAGGGUAGAGAGAUCCCGACUCCUCUCUCUCCUUCAGAAACACAGUCUCCAUCCAAGAGAGGGCAGCAGGAGGGCAGGUCCACUUUGCCUGCCUUUCAGGAUCUGGUUCCAAUGAUUAACAACCAGUCAGAGUACAUCCAGCACCUGGAAGCUGAGGUCAAGUUCUGCAAAGAAGAGUUGGAGGGACUGAAACAGAGGAUCAGAGUGGUGGUGGUGGAAAAUGAGAAGCUGCAUUCGGUCCUGAAAUCAAAAGCUGCGGAAGAGACCCUGAAAGAUUACACAAUCCAAAACUCCACAGUUAAUGAGAGUAUGGCCAACAGCCUCAAAGCCUCCAGUGCAGAUCAUAGUAAGCUGCAGAGGGCAGAACACCACACAUGGAAAAAUGAGCUGGAACAAUUGAAAGGGAUCUACCAGGCCCAGACUGAAAGCUUGGAGGCUCAGGUCAUCUCACUCAGGAAGGAUCUCUCAGUCAGUCAGAGGGAGUGCGAGGAGCUGAAGGUUCUUCUGAGACGCAAAGAGAAGCAGGCCGCAGAUGCACUGAGGGCGGAUGGAGCUCCCCGUGUGUCGGGAUUGUGUUUGAAGUGUGCACAGCACGAGGCCGUGUUGGCCGGGACGCACACAAAUCUGCACAUCCAGGCUAUUGACAGACUCACAAAAGAGCGUGAUGAGUUAUUGGUGGCUCUGCGUUCUCUGCGGGUUAGUCAACAAGAGGCGCAGCAGAGAGAGUGGUCAGCCUGUCUCCAGGUCAAACAGGCCGUGGAGAUGGCAGAAGAAGCAAAUCUGCAAAAAGCGAGGGUGGAGGUUCAGUGCGAGCAGUUAUCCAGGGAACUGGCUCGACAGAGGGAACAAUUAGACCGAGAAGCACACGCUUUGCAGCAAAGACUGACUGAGGCCAGAGAAGAAGGCCGGGCUGAGGCCCACAAACAGAAAGAGGAGCUGGUACAUACAGUGGCCAGCCUCUCUCAGCGUGUAGCUGAGUUAGAAGGUCAGUUGGACAGAGUUCACAGAGACAAGAGUUCAUUGACAAAUCAGCUGGAAGAUACUCUCCACAAACUUACCAGUCAGGAACAAGACAAUACCCAGGUGUGUGUGGAUCUGCGAUAUCAGCUCAGUCAGGCCAAACUGAAGAAAGAGGAAGCAGAGAGAGAACUCAGAGAUCUGAACGGCAAGACCAGCCGACAGAUGGAGAAGGCUGCGCAGGAAGUGGAAAGGCUGAGCUCAGAGCUGGUUGGCUGUCGGCAGCAUCUGGAGGCGGUCCAAAAGGACGGGAGCCAAUGGCAGGCCGAAGCCCUGAGCCUAGCAGAACAGCUGGCAAACGCCCAGCGCCAACUGCACCUCACCAGAAUCCAUUCCUGCAUUCCUCCCUUCUCCUUUUCUUCGCUCCGUCCCUCCCGUCAUCCGCUGGCUGCUGCUCCCUUCAACACCAUCCACUGCCAAGGCCACGCCGGCCCAUGCCAGCCGCUCAUGGCACUCUCUCACCCCCGCUGCCCACAGCCGAGGUGUCUGAGAUGGGCACAGAUGUGGCGACGAUGCCCUGUGGUGCCGGAGGCUGCGGGAUGCAAGUUUGUGUAAUCUGUGUGUGUGUGUGUAUCCACUGCUGCUUCUGGCUCUGAUCUGUGUUUAAGUGUGUUUGUCUGUCAGCUGGCCAGUGCUUACACACUGGCUGCAUUGCGCACUCUUGUGUGUUUAAAGGAGAGCGUGUGUGUGUCUGUGUGUGUGUGGAUGUGUGUGUUUUGCAGCCAGCUGUGGAGAAUGACAUGCAUAUUAAUGUGGCAACAUGAUGACUUUGACCUGUACUAGAGGAGCCGCUGGACUAAACCGUUUUACUGCCGUGUGUGCGGCAGUGUGUGCAUGAGAGAGUUUAUAGUUUUAUCUGUCCUCAGAUGCAUACUAGAUGUUUGACAGCUGUUGACUUGGCUGAGCAAGGCGCCGUUCAAAUUCAAUUUCGGUCAUUAGCGCUGAAAGCCACUUCUGAUACUAAUUUAAUGAGGAUAUUUCUUUUCUUCAGCAUUAAAUGACAACAAGUCUUCCGUAGUUGGAUGCACUAUUCCAAAUUCACAUUUAUAGUGCAGUAGUGUUGCAAAGUAAUUUACAGGAAAUGGUAUAACCACUGUAAAAAUUAUAAAUCUGUAGUAAAGAUCAACUGAAAAACAGCACAGAAGCAAAAUACAAAGACUUACAUGUGUGUGUUACAUGUGUGAGAUAUCACAUGAUCUGCUGACAAAUUUUGCAUAAAGUUUGGUAUUGGUAUAAGUAUUUGUUUCAAGGUUUGAAGUAACAUGAUUAAUCCUAAUCAGACAUUGUUUGAAACUUUCUUCCUGAAUGAUUCACAAAAGUUUCAUGAAGCAACACAAAUUAAUUUUACACAUCCAGCGUUAAUAGUAACAUUAUUAAUGUAGGGAAGUGUCAUGAGAUUGAAUGCACAGUUCACAUCACACAUUAUAUGCUGGCCUCUUGCCUAACUCUUCUUUGCAUUUCUUUCAUCUAAAGAAACAGGACCUGUGUACCUAGUCAGGCUACCAGCUAACAUGUGUGACAGUUGACCACAUUUGAAGGCAAAACCGUUAACAGCUGCUCUGAAUAAACUUUGUGAAGGUUUGCCGCAAUACACGGGGUUAGACACAAUAAAAAGUUAUGAUUUUUCACAUUAACAUUAACACAUAAGAUAUUUGUGACAUAUGUGAAGUUAAGGGAGACGUUCAGCCCAUCUGGUCAGCUGCUGCAUAGAAAAGGUCUGACAGAAAGUUACAGAAAUUAUUGAAUGCAGCAUCCAGAACCAAAAGUACGGCUCCCAAUGAGACCCCAAGAGAAGCCACAAGUCCUCACUGUUAUUUUUGUCACUUAGCAUUUUGGAUUCCUGAACACCAAUUGUCAUUGAUCAUGGACACAGAAAGACCUUCUCUUCAUACUAUUCAGAGAUGUGUCAAGAAUAGAUUUAUUCCUGUGAAAUAUGCUUAUGGAUCACAGAGUGUUUAAAUGUGUUUAAAUAUUGCGUUCACAAGUUUCAUUUAACACACACAAAUGCACGUAACCAUGACUUCUAAUUUGUUGACAUAACUUCCCUACCCCCUUAUCUUAACCCUGAUCAACACGUUUCCGGUUUUAUCCCAACUAAUCGGAGCCUAAUUCCGCUCCCAUGAUACGAGGACUGUAUUGCUCCCCACUGCUUUCAGUGUGCUCACUCAGGUUAAAAGCAGAGAGCCAGUUCCUUGCGUGUGUACAUAUUAUAUAAACAUGGUAAAUAAAAGCUGAUUUGAUUUGAAUAGUAACAUUAACUUUAAACCAGAUAUUUACCCUCAAACAGACAAAAAAAUAUGAAGCCAGAACAAAAUGUAGAAAAGUUCCCACUACUAUGACAAAAAUGUGUUCACACAGAGAUAUAAAGACACACACCACAUGCGCAUCUGUUGAAUUUUGGUCACAGCCCCUGUCCCUACUCAGGCCCGUAUUGUGUCUUUCCUCUUUUUUUUUUUUAUUUCUGUUGUGCUUUCAGUGAUUUUUUUUUCUCUUGCUGUUCCAAAUCUAAAUAAAUAAACCCAAAGCUGUCGUCACCUUUU